AUGGCGGGCCAGCGUGUUACCUAUCGCCGUCGCAACCCCUACAACACUCGGUCCAACCGGACUCGAAUCAUCAAGACCCCCGGUGGCGCCCACCGUGUCUUGCACGUCAAGAAGCGCGGCACUGCCCCCAAGUGCGGCGACUGCGGCACCAAGCUGCCUGGCGUAAGUUCAUCCCACGAUUCCAGAAGAUGGACACGACUGGGACGCCGGCUGCAUAAUAAGCCUCGACGAACGCGAACGCAUCUUACUCCAUCAUCGAUCCCCGCCCUCCGCCCCCGCGAGUACUCCCAGAUCUCCAAGCCCCAGAAGACCGUCCAGCGCGCCUACGGUGGCUCGCGAUGCGGUAACUGCGUCAGGGACCGCGUCGUCCGCGCCUUCCUGAUCGAGGAGCAGAAGAUCGUCAAGAAGGUCCUGAAGGAGGCUGGCCAGAGCGAGAAGAAGAAAUAA